AUGGGUGGGGAUUGGAGUUUAUCGAUGACGGAGAAGGUUGAGCGCAGAGACAAAGCUGUUGUCAGUGGUGUUACAGGUUGUAGCUUGGGACUGGUUGAAGAGGUCGAAGUGCGGAACUCAAUGCUCCGUGGAGAGCUGCAGCCGGAGGAGAGGGUCGGAGCAUAUGCGAAAGAACGGCGGUGUGGUGAUAUGACGAUGGAAGAAGUGGGGUAG